AUGGUGUUGCUAUAUUUCUCUAUCGUCCUUGGUGCUUUUGGAGAAGAAGCGAACGGAAAUGACCAAUUAUAUUUUAAAAUGAAACAAGGUGCGUAAUGAAACUCAAUACUUUGGCGACAUGUAUUUGCAAGCGCAGAAUCGAAAAUGAAACCAAUCUACCUAUUUCCUAUUGAACAAAAUUUUGAUCUAGUCAAGUGUAGACAAACAUUUCGCCACAGCUUGAAAUAACACCACACAAUUAGUAAUAUUCCGAAGUUUCGUUGCGAAAUAUUGUAAAAUGCGAAUAAUAUAGCCCUGCGAAGAUUGCCGUUUUUCAGUCAGUUUGUAUUACGCACGGGAAAUUGAUACCGCUUUCUGAAAAAAGGUAUCAAUUUCUCGCGCGUUAUUUCUUUCAAGCUGUGAUAAAAUUUUUGUCUAGACUUCUCUAGAUCAAAAUUUUGUUCAUUAGGGAACAAGGUCGCAAUGUUUUGGGCGUCAUAUAGACGUCCAGUUAUAAACAUCACUGACAUAACGUUUUUCAGGUAUUCGAUCUCAGCGCGAAGCAUACAUGAGCUUAAGAGCAAAGACAGCAAUGGAUUGUGUCUUGUUUUGCUUCGAGGAAAAACGGACUUGCACGUCUCUCAAUUAUGCCGAACCCACUUUGGUCAACGAUGGCGAGGAAAAUUGUGAACUACAUGAGAAAACGAAGAAUGAUGAUGACAAUUCAUUGGAAUUCCUGAAAGAUGAUAGAUACACCUUCUAUCAAAACACACAGAAGACAGAAAAUGCAACUGAACAGGUAUAUACAUCUACCGAAAUUUUCCCUUUUACGAUAGCGCAUGCAGGAAUGAAUGAAUGAAACUUUUAUUCAAAUUUCAAAGGUAGCCGAACUUAUUAUCUAUACUGUGCUGAGUGGUUUUAUUAAUACCUAAAAAAAAAACAAGCAAAAACUCGACGUUUCGAGCGAAGGCCCUUCGCAGAUUGCAACAGUUGCAAUCGUCUCAGUUUAGCAGGCCUUUCUUAUUACCAGUUCGUUUAACGAUUAAAUUGAAUCUCCAACAGCAUAACCAAAACAUGAGAGUCCGUUCAGGAACUUAAUUACUCAGAAAAAGCUGUUUUUGUAGGGAAAGUUACGAUCGUUUUUUAGCGUUGGUUCGUCUGAUACAUAAAACAAACAACUGUUGAACUAAAUUUCUUUUAGCCAAACACACCUCCAUUAAACAGAAGUUGUCUUGACCAUUUCAACCAUGGUAGUAAAACAUCCGGAAAUUACACCAUCCUUGAUUCGAGAGAAAAUGCUCGCACAGUGUAUUGUGAUAUGGAGUCGGAACCGGGAUCUGUUUGGACCCUCGUUAUGUCUUUCACAAGAGCAAACAAAGAUCUUGCACCAUUCAAAAAGAAAGCAAUGUAUCAACCCGCACAUCAAAACAGAUUCGAUCCAAACUGGUCCGAUUACCGAAUGGGCACAUCAUUAAUUGCUGCUUUAAAGAACAUGACAACUCACUGGCGAAUUACAUGCAGUUUUCCUCAAUAUGGCGUCGACACCAAGACUGACUAUGUCCGAGCCGUGUUCGCUGAUUUUGAUCUCUUGAGUGAAUUUUCGGGUGAAUGCAAGAACGUGAGCUACAUAAGUGUCAUGGGGCAGUCUUGUUCGAAAUGUACCGCACAGUGGACACAUAUUACCUACUAUACCCCGCAUAUCGCUGCCAUGCAAAACGACUCAGCUUGCGACAUAAAAAGUGAUAAAAGUGGAUACCACUAUUUUGGUGCGUACGACAAUUACAAUCUCAAUUUUCGUUGUACGGAAUCUUCAAAUUCAACAACGAAUUACUGGUUUGGUUCUUAUGUUUGA